AAGAGACAGAACAAACAGGAACAGCAGAGGAUUUAGUGAGUUUGCAAUGAGUGCGGAAUCUAAGGCUGCAGAAAUGCCAGCUUAUGGAAGAAAUGUGGAGGACUACUGUAUUGGGCGGCUCCUGGGUCGUGGAAGCUUCGGUGAUGUGUAUGAGGCGAAGUGCCGAAACACAGGCAAGGCUGUUGCCAUAAAGAUGAUUCGCAAGGAAAUUCUCCAAACCAAAACUAUGCUCGAACAUGUUGUGAGAGAAGUUGAGAUCCAUUGCCAGCUGCGUCAUCCGCAUGUUGUCGAGCUUUAUGAGUACUUUGAAGAUGUUUCCCGUGUAUACCUUGUCACGGAACUUUGUGAGAAAGGAGAGCUGCUCACGUUGCUGCGCCAGAGAGGCUCCCUUGAUAUUGAAGCAGCUCGGACCUAUUUUGCACAGCUUGUCAGUGGCGUGCAGUAUCUCCACUCACAUUGCAUUCUCCACCGAGACUUGAAACUCUCCAAUCUGCUCUUGACAGCCGACAACAACUUGAAAAUUGCAGAUUUCGGCCUGGCUGCUGCUGUGCACAGUGCCGACCCUGAGCGCCGAACUAUAUGUGGCACACCGAACUACAUGAGCCCGGAAAUAGUAUCUCAGGAGCCUUACUCAUUGGCAGCUGAUGUUUGGGCACUUGGCAUAACAUUGUUCACCUUCAUUACUGGUACUCCACCAUUUCAGGUCUGAACUGUUUCUUCUUUCCUCCCUCCCUGCUUUCCAUCUCUCACUCCCUCUGCUCCUCCCUCCCUUCCUCGUGCCCUCUUUUCCUCCCUCCCUGCCUCCCAGCUUCUUGCAUUUCUUUUGUUUCUUCCUCCCUUCCUCCCUUGCUUUACCCCUGUGUCCCUCCUCACUUACUCCUUUGCCUCUCUUGCUCCCUUGAAACUCUGCUGAGAGAACAAAAUGUUCAUGGCGAA